CGUCCGUUGGGUGGGUGCCAUUGAUGAUCAUCUAAGUUAGAUUCCUUCGCCUGCAAAGGUGCAUCAUAUUCUCGGGUUCCGUACCCUGAAGCAGUUUUCGGAUAUCUGGUGAGCAGCGCCAUAAUACAACAUUAGAUUCCCACCACAAUCAAAUCUGAAACUCGUGGCUUCACUCUCUGCCAUUCCUUCAUCUUGGAUGUUUUUCAAGAAAUUCUGCGUCGGGCCCGAUGGGCACCACUUUAUCUAGCAACAUUACGUAUAAAAUCAUGAGCAAUCAGCCACCUUCUAUAGCUAACUACUUGUCUUGAGUCCAAGCUUGAGCCCUCCAUCAACGUUGUACUACAUCGCGAGCUCCUCGACUUCUGUGUCUCGAAAACCUCUGCUACAAUGGACUCAACUUGCUGCAAUUCCGAGUUGACAGUUCCAACACACACUUCAGGAACCAACUGUACUGUAGCAAUGGGGCCGUCUGCAACUAUCACAAUGGGAGCCAAGCCAAAGCUACCACGCCAGGGCGUUGCAGGAGUUCCGCCUCCCAGCGGACAGCUUCUACCCAUUGACUUAACUUCCCCAGUCAAGAAACUCAGUAAAAGUGGUGUUAUCAACGCAUACAGAGAUGCCUGCACAGAAGCAAAGAUCCCUCCCGUGAGUGCAUGGUACUACAAUCCCAAUUCGGAAGAGGACUCCGAGGAGAACGACCCGACUCUGCCGCACCACUUCAACCCAGAUCAACACGUCACUCAAGAGCACCUCCAAUCUUUGGGUGUACUGGUGUGGACAGGCCUUCAGACCAGCAACUACACGAAGAAUCCGUUAUUUAACCUGGUCAAGUCUGACCGUGGAUAUCAUUACGAGGAGGUGGUGACAGUAGCACCCGGCUCCCUACCAGACUAUGACCUCAAGAAGAAAGAAUUCUUCAAUGAGCAUUUGCAUGAGCAUGAGGAGGUCCGUUUGAUCCUCGAAGGCGGUGGCUAUGAGGACGUCCGGGACUUCGAGGGACGUUGGAUUCGGAUUCACAUUACGAAAGGGGUUCUCAUAGAACUACCCAGGGGAAUGUAUCAUCGUUUCACUCUUGACGACACCAACUACCUCAAGGCAGUCCUGCUCUACCAGGAGAAUCCAAUUCGGAUACAAUUCGAUCGCAACGAUGGGACCGACAUCAUGGAAGUCAGGCUGCGAUACAAAGCGAACAUACUGAACCGGGACACCAGCCUGAAACUAACCAGCAGCGACCUGAAUAGCAUGCUGGAGGGGCUGGACGACGAGGUCGAGAUGAUAAGAGCUCGGCAAGAUAUGGUGGACGCGACACUGAGUGAAGCAGAUCUGUGUGCAGGUUCAGUUGCAACGCAGAAGCAAACUCAGUGUGGUCCCGAAGUGGUGAAGGACUGCAUGGACCCCUACGAGGCUGAUUCCAUGGAGCUCGACUCUGUCAAUUUGAAGCACCACAUGACUGUUGUCCAGUGACGGAGAGAUGCCGCAUCAGCCAUCAUCUCGACACCCCUGAAUCACUACUGCCCAAGUUCCAAGCAUGUCUGUUGAAGCUUUCCACGAGUUCUACGACAAUAGUCUCACCGCUCUGAGCGCUACGUUAAGAUGAUAUAACCAUAUCUAAGCUAAUUCUACGUCUAGAAUACUAUAUAUAUAUAUAUAUAUAUAGAUGUGUGCGUGUGUGUUAUAAUAAACACAGCGUUUGUGUGUUUGUGUUGUUCAAGGGUUUGAGAAUUGAACUACCGACAAGCACAUUGAACAUUGUAAACCAAAAAAAAAUCUACAAAGACAAAAACAAAACAAAAAAAAAUCGACUGUAUUCGUCGUUGUUUUAGUUAGUGAUUAGAUUUGAGGCAGCAUAGAGUUUGGAUGCAACCUCCUGCGUUUGUUUUACAGUUUACUUUAGUGGAAUAUACUCUGUAAUUCAAAUCAAUGUUCUGUGAGUUUUAUAUAAAGUGAAUUUGUGUAAGGUUAUA